AUGCCGAUAAGUCAAUCGCACGGGUUCUCUAGCCCAAAGAGCGAAUUAACUGCGCUCGUGGUCGAUGACGACGGGGUUAGCCAAAAGAUUCAUCACCGGCUCCUGAACAUCCUUGGAAUCGAGAAUGAUGUGGUCGCGAAUGGAAAAGAAGCAGUUGACAUCCACCUAUCUGGGAAGAAAUUCAACCUCAUUCUGAUGGACAGGGACAUGCCUGUCAUGAAUGGUAUAGAGGCAACAAAGAGACUGCGAGAUAUGGGCAUUGGGAGCACCAUUGCAGGUGUUUCGUCUCACUCGUCCUCAAAGAUAAAACAAGAAUUCACUGAAGCGGGUCUUGAUGUCUAUCAUGAGAAACCUUUGACAGUUGCUAAGCUCCUCUCUGUUGUCAGUAAGAUCAAUCAUGAUUCAUCACAUGCUAAGGUUUUGCAACAAAACUUAUAA